UGUAUGACGUAGCGGAGGAGGCGGGGUGUGGGCGGUGCGGAGUCAGGAAGAGGGCGGAGUUUGUGGUCGGUAAUGGAGGAGAGCGGAGUCGGUGUCCGGUGAUGGGGUUCCCGGUUCUCCUCACAUUCCUCCUCCUCUGCCUGACGGGCGGUGGAGGGAGCAGCACGGUGUCUCUCCCGGAAACGCUGCUCUUCGUCUCCACCUUGGAUGGAAGUCUUCAUGCCGUCAGCAAGAGGACCGGAACUAUCAAGUGGACAUUGAAAGAAGAUCCGGUGCUCCAGGUCCCCACACAUGUGGAAGAGCCGGCCUUCCUUCCUGAUCCCAAUGAUGGAAGUCUCUACACCCUGGGCAGUAAGCACAGCGAGGGGCUGACGAAGCUUCCCUUCACUAUCCCAGAGCUGGUCCAGGCCUCUCCAUGUCGCAGCUCGGAUGGAGUCCUGUAUAUGGGGAAGAAGCAGGACGUUUGGUACGUUGUUGAUCUGGUGACGGGGGAGAAGCGGCAGACUCUGACCUCGUCCUUCGCAGAGAGUGUCUGUCCGUCCACCACACUGCUGUACCUGGGCAGGACAGAGUAUACAAUCACCAUGUAUGACACGAAGAAUAAGGAACUGCGCUGGAACGCCACCUACUAUGACUACGCCGCCCCCCUGCCUGACGAGGGCACGGAUUACAAAAUGUCGCACUUUGUAUCCAAUGGGGACGGUCUGGUGGUGACGGUGGACAGUGAUUUGGGGGACGUCCUGUGGAUCCAGAAUUACGCCUCUCCGGUGGUGGCGCUCUACAUCUGGCAGAGGGAAGGUCUCCGGAAGGUUCUACACACCAACGUGGGGGUGGAGACGCUGCGCUAUCUCACCUUCAUGUCCGGGGAGGUGGGCCGUAUCACCAAGUGGAAGUAUCCCUUCCCCAAAGAAACCGAGACCAAAAGUCAACUGAUGCCGACUCUGUAUGUGGGCAAGUAUUCCAGCAGCCUCUACGCCUCGUCCUCCCUGGUGCAUGAAGGGGUCACCGUGGUGCCCAGAGGAAGAGCCAUCCCCCUGCUGGAUGGACCCACCAGAGAUGGGGUGACCAUAGAGGAGAACGGAGAGUGUGAGUUCACCCCCAGCACCGAUCUGAAGACUCUCCCUGGGGGGAAAGGGAAAGACAAGCUGAGUUACUGGAGGAACCAUUGGCUGUUAAUAGGACAUCAUGAAAUCCCACUGUCUGCCCCGACCAAAAUCCUGGACACCUUCCCAUCCACCCUCCCCCGGGGAGGGGAGAACGUCAUAGAGACCGCCCGGGACAAAGCACGCUUCAAUGAGGAGGUGUUGGGGAUGGUGGAGGACCCCCCAGAACAGCUGCCCCCGCCCUACGCUCAGGAAAUCUCUGACAUAUCGAAGCCAUUCCUGCCCAAGCCAGAGGCUCCGGUGGACUCGAUGCUGAAGGACCUGGCCACCAUCAUCCUCAGCACUUUCCUCCUGGCGGGAUGGGUAGCCUUUGUCAUCACAUAUCCUAAGACCGUCCAGCAGCAGCAGCAGUUGCAGCACCAGGAGUUUCAGAAGCAGCUGGAGGAGAAGAUCCAACUUCUUCAGGUUCAGCACGCCCCUUUCCAGCCCGCCGAGGUGACGACCGAUGGAGACUAUCUGGAUAUGACUGGCAUGCGGUGUGAGAGCUCAGCGAAUAGCACCCCCAACAUGUCCCCGAAGGCCUCCAACCACUCGCUGCACUCCAAUCUGUCCGUGUCCGAGGUCGGCAGUGUCACCUCCAUGGAGCAGGAGGACGGAGAUGAUGAUGUGAUGGUGGGCAAGAUCUCCUUCAACCCCCGAGAGGUCCUUGGUCAUGGAGCAGAGGGGACCAUCGUCUACAGGGGGCACUUUGAUAACAGAGAUGUGGCGGUGAAGAGGAUCCUGCCCGAGUGUUUCAGUUUUGCGGAUCGAGAAGUUCAACUGCUGAGAGAAUCUGAUGAGAAUCCCAACGUCGUCCGUUACUUCUGUACAGAGAAAGACCGCCAGUUCCAGUAUAUCGCCAUAGAGCUGUGUGGCGCCACCCUACAGGAGUACGUAGAAGAGAAGGACUUUGAUCGGCACGGCCUGGAACCCAUCACCCUCCUGGAGCAGACCAUGUCCGGCCUGGCCUACCUCCACUCCCUGAACAUCGUGCACCGCGACCUGAAGCCACACAACAUCCUCAUCUCCAUGCCCAACGCUCACGGCAGAGUGAAGGCCAUCAUCUCUGACUUCGGUCUGUGCAAGAAGCUGGCGGUGGGAAGACACAGCUUCAGCCGGAGAUCCGGGGUUCCUGGUACUGAGGGAUGGAUCGCCCCAGAAAUGCUGAGUGAAGAUUUCAAGGAGAACCCUACUUAUACCGUGGACAUCUUCUCUGCCGGCUGCGUCUUCUACUACGUGGUCUCAGAGGGGAAACACCCUUUUGGCAAGUCCCUGCAGCGGCAAGCCAACAUUCUACUGGGAGCUUCGAACCUGGACUGUCUGAGCCUUGACAACCACGAAGACCUUGUAGCACAUCACCUGAUCCAGCAGAUGAUUGACAAGGACCCUCAGACACGCCCGUCCGCCCCGGCCGUCCUGAAACAACCGUUCUUCUGGAGCCUGGAGAAGCAGCUCCAGUUCUUUCAGGACGUCAGCGACCGAAUAGAGAAAGAGGCUCUGGAUGGAGCGAUCGUCAGACAGCUGGAGAGAGGAGGAAGAGACGUGGUGAAGCUGGACUGGAGGGAGCACAUCACCCUUCCACUGCAGACAGAUCUCAGGAAGUUCCGCAGUUACAGGGGCCGAUCGGUGAGGGAUCUUCUGCGGGCGUUACGUAAUAAGAAACAUCACUACAGGGAAUUGCCGCCCGAGGUGCAGGAUACUCUGGGGAGCGUCCCUGACGACUUUGUCCGCUAUUUUACCUCCCGAUUUCCAGGACUUUUGCUGCACACUUACCUUGCCAUGCGCCUUUGUAGGCACGAGAGACUGUUUCACCCCUAUUACACCCAGGACUCCUCGGAGCCGGCACUCGGCUCGCAGCCCCCGGAUGAGGCGUGAAAUGUGCGCCGAUUUCUGGUCAGGGCCCCCCGUGGGGCGAAGACAUUGCAGAGUGCCUUAGACUGCCCUCCCUUGGCUCGCCUGUAGAGGGCGGCGCACGCUGGGUGUGGGAGGAGAGUCCUUCCUUGCGGCGCCAUCUCUUGGUAUUAUUUCAUAUUGCACUAUGGAAAGGGUAGCUCCUCCUGGGAGGGGCUUUGCGCUAUUGGGGGGCGGGCACAGACGGGAAGCGGUGAGGUUUUUAUUCAUGAAGUGUCGGCCCCUGGGGGUCAGCCAACGCUUGCUCAGGUUUUAUGGGUGGAGGUCGGUGUUCUACCCAGAAUCCUCCGUGUCAGGGGGGCGGGGUUACCUGUGGUACUUCCUGUACGGUUUAUUAUCGGUAUUUAUACGGAGGGCCCCGGAGCCCCUCCCUCUGCGGAGAAGAAGAAGAAGAUUUUCUGUUUUAUUGACUUUUAUUUUUUUAAGCUUUUUUUAUUGAUAAGGAAACUCGGGAAACGGAAAUAUUUUAUAUUUUUUAUUCAGUGAAGCUCGACCAACCCGGAGGAGGAUCCUUUAUUUCCAGAGAAGUGAGCUCAGCCAAUGAGAGGCGAGAUGACUGGGAAUAAAGAUCCGGGUCCUCAUGGAUCGAGCCGAUUGUCAGGCCGGACUUGGGUCAGUUUUGCCGGGAAUAAUCGGAGUUUGUGAAUUAAAGAUGAUUUUUGUCUCGGAAA